AUGGGCUUCAGAACUGCAAAAGGAGAACUGGUGCGGGCCAUAUUAUUUCCCAAACCGUUGGACUUCAAGUUCUACCGAGAUGCCAUGAAAUUCAUUUUAUUCCUGGGGUGUAUGGCAGCCCUGGGAAUGACCUAUAGCAUUGUUAUCUACGUAAAACAAGGGGUUUACCCAAUCAGAAUUGUUGUUAGGGUCCUGGAUAUCAUCACCAUCAUUGUUCCUCCUGCUUUACCAGCAGCCAUGACAGUGGGGACCGUGUUUGCUCAGGGUCGGUUGAAGAAGAAGGGAAUCUACUGCAUCAGUCCUCCUCGAAUUAACUUCUGUGGGAGGCUGGAUGUCUUCUGCUUUGAUAAAACUGGUACUCUGACAGAAGAUGGACUAGACAUGUGGGGAGUACUGCCAAUUAAAAACCAGGGGUUUUGUGGUGUGGAGGAGGAUCCAUCUAAGUUAGAGGUGGGGCCCUUUAUCACCUGUAUGGCCACCUGUCACUCCCUGACUGUGAUAGACGGGGAACUCUCAGGGGAUCCUCUAGAUCUCAUCAUGUUCAACUCCACGAAAUGGGUUUUGGAUGAACCAGGGAAGGAUAGCAGUAAAUUUGACACCAUCAUGCCUACUGUGGUGAGACCUUGUACCAAGGACACCUUCACUGCUGAAAACCCGUUUGAGGUUGGGAUCAUUAGACAGUUCACGUUUUCCUCUUCUGUCCAGAGAAUGAGUGUGAUCACGCGUACACUGAGUGAGGAGGGGAUGGAACUCUACUGUAAAGGGGCACCAGAAAAGAUCGCCUCCCUUUGUCUGCAAGACACUGUUCCACAUGAGUUUCCAGAUAUCCUUCAUCGGUACACUAUUCAGGGUUACAGAGUCAUAGCAUUAGCUUACAAAAAACUGGACCCUAAACUCACCUGGCAUCAGGCUCAGAGAAUAUCCAGGGAUAAAGUGGAAUUUGACAUGAAUUUUCUGGGAAUGAUUGUUCUACAAAACAAACUCAAACUACAAACAAAACCUGUCAUCCACAAACUGAGGGAUGCUAAAAUUAGGACUGUAAUGGUUACAGGUGACAUGAUUCAGACAGCCAUUAGUGUUGCUAGGAAUUGUGGGAUGGUUCCCACUAAGGACCGAAUUAUUAUUGUGGAGGCCUCCCCUCCUGAUGCCCACAGUCCGGCCAGUAUUAAGUGGGUCAUGGCAGAGACACCUGAUGAGGGAACUGAUACAUAUACUGACUCGGACUAUAAUGAGGUCAGAGUUCACUUCAGUACCAAGAGGUCAAAGUUCAAAAUUUGA